UAACAGAAAUUUUAUACAGCUUACAAUUAAGAGCUGCACGACGCCAACUAAACGUCAAACGCCAUCCGAUAAUUAUUUGUCCAAUCGUAAAAAAUAAAUAAAUGAUUACAACGUCUGCGCAUUUGUAAUACGAAAUACGAAAUAUGUGCAUUUGCCUUAUCGAUUGACUACUCUGUCGCGUGGCAACUCUGAACUGUACUUUCUGAUACAGAUAAAAAACUAUUGACUAUUGAACUGACUAUCUAUAAUCGAGAAAUUGCGCGCUUAUUUAUUUGCUGGCAUCGGUAAUCAGAUAUCAAUAAGCAGCCAAAAAAAAAAAAUAGAUAAUAAUAAUAAUAAUAAAACAUACAAGAGUGAAGAAAUCGCAAAAUGAGUGCCGGCGUCGCAAGUUCCCCAAUGGUCGUCGAAGCCAAAUACGAAGAUGUCUCGCAGCUAAAUUUUUCCAAGCUGUAUUCGCCGAAAAUGAAAAGCGUCUAUUGGCGUUACUUUGGCUUUCCAUCGAACGACAAUGACGAGGUAAUUACCAAGCAAAGUGUUGUCUGCAUUAAAUGCCACAAAGUGUUGACCAAUCACGGCAACACGACCAAUUUGCGUGCGCAUCUCCAACAUCGCCACAAAGAGCUGUUCAAGGCCCUCUGCCAGGAGAACGAUAUACAAGUGCCGCCGCGCAAAACGCCUCGCAACCUCAACCAUCCGCCGUUGUCCAAGCGCAACGUCUCCUCGCGUCGGGUCAAAUUGGAGUUUAUCAACAAUCGCAGCCAUCACGAGAACGACAAUGACAACGAUGAGGAUGAUGAGAUUGAUGAGGCUGCUGUUGCGGCUGCUGCGAUGCAGGCCGAAGAUGAUCCCGCAUCACAGGCGAUGCUGUACGAAUCGAUGGUGCCACUCACCUAUGACGAUGCCGAUAAUCUGGUCGAGGAGGAGGAUCGCUCCAUUAACAUCGAGCCACGCGAACUCAAGUAUGGCCGUAAGCGCAAAAUGACAGCUCCAUCGGCGGGCACCAUGCACUAUACGCGUGCCAACAUCAAGCAUGAGGACGGAUCGGGUAGCGUGCAAGGAGUGCGCAGCUACAUAGCCAACCUACCCGAGGCAUUGGCGGAUAUUGUUGUGCGUGACUUGCGUAAUGUGGAAACGCUGUAUGAUCAGGGCAUCAGCGAGUUUAUACGUCUCGCCAUGGGAAAUCUGGCAUCGCUGCCCAUGCCCCAGAAGAUUGAGGGGCUGAUCACCGAGCAGCAUGCAUCCAAAUUCUUCGAAAUGUGCGAUUUCACGCGCGACUUCACUGGCGAGAAGCCCUACUCCUUGGCCUUCGAGCUGUGGAACAAUGUGGAGCAGCGUCGCUUCCUCAGCAUCUAUCACAAUUAUUUGAGCGAUGAGACGCAGUGCGUGCGCAGCGUGAUGUAUGCCACCAUCGAGUAUACAGAUUACGUCUCAUUCGAUGAACUGCUCACCGAAUUCUAUUUGCCCAAUUGCACCAUGGCAAUUGUUAAUUACGACGACGAGGAAGAUCUGCUGCAGUCCUUCCUGAAGGAGAAGAAUAUACCCAUUGUACUCUGCUAUGUGUCGGUAAUUGACAAGUGUCUGCGACACGUUUUCGAACUGGAGGAGGUGGCUACAGCCCUAGAGCAGGUCAAGGAUAUUAUACAGCGUCACUCGGCUGAGAUAAGCUCCAAGGUGUCUGAGCUGCCGGCAUAUAAUGAGCAUUUCCCAUGGACUUUGUAUGAGCUGCUUAAGUUCUUUGCUGAAUCCAUUUCGUGGUCCGAGGACAUGGAUCAACUGGUGAUCACGGCCAAAACUGUGACCGAAGCGCUCAGUGCUCUGGUGAUUGCGCUGGAUACUUUGCGUGGCGAGGAUAUGCCACUGUGCAGCAUGUUAUCGCCGAUCACUUCGAAGAUAUUGAUCAAGAAAUUGGGCAUUGCCGAGCAGGAUGAGCCGCUCAUGAUGAAUAUCAAGCGCACCAUUGCUGGCGUUUUGCAAUCCCAGAUUAUUGCCAAUGAUACGCUGACCAGCGCUGCGCUGUUAGAUCCCCGAUUCCAUCGGCUGACCACCAUUGACAACCUGGACAGCUGUGUCCGUAUGCUGACACAGAAAUACAACAAGACGUUCGGCGGCGUCCUGGGCACGGACAGUCAGAGUGGGGAUUCAACAGAGGUGGCAGCCACUGCCUCGGUGUCGAGCACACCCACAGUGACCAUUAAAACAGAACCAAAUGUCAAACAGGGCAGCGGCUCGGCCGCAGCAGGAGCGGCGAUAUCUCAAAACGCUAAGAAGUCAAAACUGGAACUGCUGUUUGAUGUUGCAGAAAUACCAAGUCCACCAAAGCGGGAUGCCGAUAGCACUGUGGAAACAGAUCUCAAGCGUUAUCGCAACGAGGUGAUUGUGCAGCUGGACGAAUCACCAAUAGAAUGGUGGAACAAAAUGGGUCACAUCUAUGGCACACUGCGCGACUUGUCAACGCUAUAUCAGGGUGUACCUGGUGUCGUCAAUCUAAAUUUCAAGAAAACGUUGCGUGAACAGAUUUAUGAUUAUAAUAAGCGUUUUAUGCUCACUGGCACCCAAAGCCAGAUCGAUGCGGUAUUGUUUUUACAUCGCAACAGCAGCUUAAAGGACACCAUAUAUGUUUAAUAGCUUUUAAUGAUUUUUUAUCUAAAUGGGAUAUGCAUUAUGUAAUUCGAUAACCUGUAAUUAAAAUAAACACAAUAAUAAUCCACAA